GAUCUUGUAUUUUGUAUAUGAGAAUGAAGCCAACAAAACACGGGAUUUGAUCUACAGGAGGAACGGAAAAGCACUUGGACGUUGUUGUUUACUAACGGCUUUCGCGUUAACGUUUUGAAGAGAGAGGAAAUCAAAGGCGAAACGCCCGGCGAACUUUGCACCGUUUGUGAACUUUAAACGUAUCGAUUCCAGCUAUGGAAUACAAAGUGGAGGCCCAUCGGAUUAUGAGUAUCUCCUUAGGGAAGAUCUACAACUCACGCGUUCAGCGAGGCGGCAUUAAACUGCAUAAAAACCUACUGGUUUCACUGGUCCUCCGAAGCGCGCGCCAGGUCUAUCUGAGUGACUACUACAGCGGCGCGUGCCUGAACGCUCAGAGUGAACGCGAAGGGAACGAGUGGGACAUCACCGACUCCGAGCGGGAGAAAUUCCCUCCCUCUACAACGGAAUGUGACCGAGUAGAGAGCCCUGAGGAACCUCAACUCACCGAACAGCCCGAGGCGAGCGAGAAAGAGCGGGAAUAUCGCGAAAACGACGCUGAGAAAUCAGAACGAGUGGAUUGUACUUCCACUUCUGAGCAAGAAAGCAACCAAAACUCUUCUUUAGACUCGGUUUCAACGGAAACCACUACGGAGAGUCCCUCAGACACUACAGUAGCGGAACGCGACUCAACGCCUGUGGUGGUGAACGGGGAAUCACAUCAACCACCCAAAACGCAUGUUUGUUCUUCAAACAGGAAAAGAAGCGCAGAGGAGUCAGAAAGUGGCGAUGCGCCUCAAAAAAGGACCAAAGUUGCUUCCUCAAACACGAAGGAAGACGAGGAAGAAGCCGAGGAGAUGGACACGGGGAACGUCUCCAACCUCAUAACAAUAUUUGGUUCCAGUUUCUCAGGACUUCUCAGCAAAGAUGGCACCAAACCUGAGGCCGAGGCAGAGGAAAGCGGUCAAAUCUGCUGCGACCAAAUGUUGAAAAACCUAAACCCAUGGAGUACAGCAAUUGUAGCUUUCUAACUGUAUCGUACUGUACUUCUCAUAACACGUGGUCAGGCCUGGGCUUCAACAACGUACUAUGGGGGACUUCCCAGAAAGCAUGCGUGGUGGUGCCACCAGAAGCACAAGCUCGUUUUGGCCUGGACUUGCCUUUCUUCUAGUGAAGGAACUAUUUGAAUGCUGGUGCUACUCUUUGGGAUUAACAGUUCUUGAAGUGUUGAACUCUCAAAAGCCAUGUGAGCGAAUGGUAUUACAACAAUAUGCAAACGUGUCAUGAAGGGUCAAUAUUACAUUGUCGCUGAAACAAUUCAGGGUCGAUCAACUUGACUGUACGAGGGUCAGGCCACUGUUUUUAACGUCUUUGUUUUAUAAAGACCUGUACAUUUUGUAAUAUCCGAGUGUGUGUAUAUAUUGUCGCCAAUGUCGCAUUCUGAAUCUAUGUAUUUUGGUAUCAUGACAAUUUACGUGGAGCUCACGUAUUAAAAAAAUGUGAAAUUA